CGCUUCUGGAGUCCUUGGCGUCUGGGUUCCUCAACGACGACCGGCAUCUUUGAGUGGUACUUUUUGCUUGUGAACAUGCAACCGCGACGGGAGAGUUUGGGAACCGAGAGUCAAUUGGGUUGCUGUCAUUCCUUGUAGCUUCUGAAGCUUUGCUGAUUUCCUGUCGGCAUCUCAGUUGCCUUGAUCUGGCGACAAAUAUCAUCGUCGACCCCGCAAGUUCAGCCGGAUAUCUUGUUGAGCUCCAUCUUUUCCAUUGUUUCUAAAGCAUUCCUUGUACAUGCUGCAGCACGGGUUCCAUUCACCGCGCAUUUGUUUGAGACAUGUCUAAGAAAGCACGACAGAGGAUCAGCUAUGUCCUUGAGCUUCCCAACGCUUCACCAGGCGGCCAUCGGCUCGGUGUCAAUGGCCUCGCCAUUGACCGCGACAAUGCAAUCCUAUACUCUGGUGGACGUGACGGCGUUGUCUGCGCCUGGAACCUGAACCAGGACCAGGGCAGUGGCAAAUCCACCGUCGUCGACACCUCCAGAGCCAACAGCGGCAGGCCAAAGCCAGUUACCACCUUCCGCGCACAGAUCCAGGCUCACACGCAUUGGAUCAACGACAUUGCGCUCGCCCAGCAACAUACAGCCCUGGUGUCAGCCUCCUCCGACCUCCUGGUCAAGGUAUGGCGGCCCCUGGCGAGCGACAUGAAGGAGCCAGUCACCAUCGGCCAACACGCAGACUUCGCCAAGCGUGUUGCGACACCAAGUCAGUCCACGAGCUGGGUGGCUUCGGGGGGCCUUGACCGGAAACUGUACCUCUGGGAUUUGUCAGGGGCCGGCAAGACGCUGGAGAUCGACGUGAGCGGCGAGGAAGUGGUUGAGAAGGGGAGUGUGUAUGCCCUUGCUGUCACCCACGAUAUCCUGGCCAACGGCGGCCCCGAGGGCAUUGUGCGGCUGUGGGAUCCCAGGUCGGGCCAGCGUAUCACCAAGUUCGUUGGCCAUACCGACGUCAUCCGCGACAUUCUGAUCAGCGAAUCCGGUGACAUGGUCUUAUCGGCCAGCUCGGACCAGACUGUCAAAGUGUGGAGCGUGACCGCGGGCCGCUGCAUUCAUACCCUCACCAUGCAUGACAGCAGCGUCUGGGCCUUAUUCUCGGACGAUCCGCAAUUAGGAGUUUUCUACAGUGCUGACCGGUCGGGGCUGGUGGUCAAGACGGACGUCCGCGGGACCUUGGGAGAAAUGGACAAUGGGUUGUCCCUUGCGAUUGCCCAAGAGGAUAUUGGUGUCAGCAAAGUCGUGGCGUGGAACGGCAGCAUAUGGACGGCACGGGCUCGCGCUUCGAUAAAUCGGUGGCGCGAUGUGGACACGGGUGAAGGCCUGCAGCUCCCUGAGACAUACAAGCAACACCGGGCGUCCAUGGUCACGGUACGGAGUAAGGAGAGCUCGGCCCCGGCCGUCGUCGCGCCGAUGUCUGGAAUGGCCGAGAACGCAAAGACGACCAUUCCGGCGAAAUCCAUUCUGCGGAUAUCAAACACCGCCUCCUUCCCUCUGGUCAUCGGCCGCGCCGGUGACGAAGCUCUCGGGGACUCAGCACAGAGGGAAUCCGAGCCGUCCUCCCUGUCUAGCGCGGUGGAGCCGAUCCAUAGCGUGCCGGAAGAGACCAUUGAAGGGCAGUUUGGGCUCGUUAAGCACAAGCUCUUGAACGAUAGGAGACGGGUCCUCACUUUGGACACCGCGGGCGAUGUCUUGUUGUGGGACUUAAUUCAGUGUCGCCCCAUCAAGAGCUUUGGGAAAAGGCACAUCGAGGAUGUAGAGCAAGAAGCCAACACUAAGGAGGCUGUGGCUCCAUGGUGCUCGAUCGACAUCAGCUCCGGAAACUUGACGGUCGUCUUGGAACCAUACAAUUGCUUUGACGCCGAGAUGUACGCCGACGAGCUGGCUUUGGAGGAGCCAGUCGAGUUUCGAGAGGACCAGAGAAUAAAUCUUGGUAAAUGGGUCCUAAGGUACCUGUUUGCGAAUCUUAUUGAUGAGGAGAUACGGCGGGACGAGGACUUUAGACAGAAACUUAAUCAAACAGCAGCGCGAAAGGUAACCCCCGGGAAGGCUGUGCCGCCGCUUUCUAUAUCCAUACCAUCACAGCCUGGUUGGGAACCCCAGGAGUUGACCUCGGCCACGCCCCGAGCCAACGGAUCCCAAUACCCACCAUCAACACCCGGUUUUGGAAUUGGUCUGGCCACUCCUGGCGGGCAGCCACCACUGCCUGAAGGAAUCGCCGCCACUCUCAGCCCGCUCGAAAAGCGGUCAUCUCAGGCUGGGCGGACGUCGGCGGAGAGGGAUGACUACUUCUCUGACGCGAUCCAAAGCCCGGAGGGCACCCAGGCUGCCAAGCCAGCUCAGACGCCUGCCACCGAGGCCCCUCCAGCUGAAGACAAGGCGCCCAAGACCCCGGGCGACACGGCCAAGGAGAAAGAAAAAGAUAUCAAGGGAAAGGAAAAAGAGGACGCCAAGUCACCUGGCGGUUCUUUUGGCAUGAAGAAGUUCCGGAUGGGCAUGUCUUUUGGCAGUAAGAAGCUGAGGCGGUCAUCCUCGGGCGCGGCUCCCGACAAACCAGUCGUUGUGGAUGAGAAAGCAGAGGAGUCGGAGGCAUCGUCCAACCACGAAAAAGAAUUUGGCGAUAACUUUCUGGGCGUCAUUCAAAAACUGCGCAGCGAGUACGAGAAACAGCUGGGCGAGAACCCCGAAAAGCCGUUGGAAACCAAGAUUACACCCAGCCUGGCCAAUGAUACGCCGGUGCUGAAGUUGCCAGCCGGCACGAAGGUUAUAAUCCAGGAGGAAACUUCGGGCGGCUCGGCCGAGAUAUACCGUGGAACAGUGGCGUCCGUGGGGGCAGACGCAGACAUCAUUGAGGAGAGGGCUCCUCAAUGGCUCGGCGAGGUGCUUCUACUAAACACGAUGCCGCCAAAGGAUCCGGUCAAGGUGUCGUUUAUGCUCUACCCGUGGAAGGAUACCCUACCACCGAUCGUAUCGGCCGAUGGCAACAACCGACUCAACGCCAACAGGAUGCUCCGGGUCAAGAAGAUUCUGGCUUAUGUGGCCGAGCGGAUUGACCCGGUGCCCGAGGGCCAAGAGCCGGACCCUGAUGCUCUGAAGCCGGAGGAGUACCUGGAGCUGUACUGCAAUGACCACCUGCUGCCCAUCAAGAUGACGCUUGCGACGCUGCGGACCCAUGUUUGGAGGGGUGGAAACGACAUCAUCCUCCAUUACAAGGCCAAUGGCAGGAAGGAGAUUCCCAUGCCGCCUCCGGCGGAAGAGACAGAGGACACGGGCAAAGGUGAGGCAGUUGGAGAGAACUGCAAAGCGAUGAUGCCUUGAGGAUGCCUUCUCGGCCGGCAACGGAAGCCGUGCUGCUGUAUUUGUAUCCGUAUACCAUUCAACGUUUCCAGCGACGCCUGUGUCUAUAGGGGUAUUAUCGGAAUCUUGCUACUGUACACACUGUUAGCUUACAUGGCUUCCGGGCUGGGUUUGAUCUCGGGAUAUCCAACCCCGCCCGUUCUCCUUGGUUGACUGGGUAUCGUUGCACAU